UCUCCUCACUCUCUCAGUCAUCCAUACCUCUCGCCUUCAUCUCCCAGGGAACGAGGUGAGUCUGAAUCCCUUUUACCAUCACCUGCUUCUCAGGGAUUUGUUUGCGCGUCUACGUGCCUUUAUCCUAGGUUGGAUCUUGGGGAAGCAGGUUGCCCUGAGAGAGGGAAGGGGGCAGCCAGUGUGGCAUGAUGCUGGGCAAUACUUGAGGUGUCUCCUUAGCUAUGAGCUAGUCAAGGACCUAGCUGUGCCUGUCCGCUCUUGGCCAAAAGGAAGUGGAAGGGAAGGAGAAGCCCAUGGGCUUCCUGACACAUCCACCAUAUCCCUAGGCAGCACUGUGCCUUGACUCUCUCCUCCUGAGAUGGCAGGCAGCUUCUCACUCACUUCUGAGAUCCUCCUGACCCUCUGUCCCAACAGGUGCCCCUCCAGACACAAAACAUGUCCUGCUACGACCAGUGCGUGCCACGCCUGCAGUGUCGGCCCUGCGGCCCCACCCCUCUGGCCAACAGCUGCAACGAGCCCUGCGUCAGGCAGUGCCAGGACUCCAACGUCGUCAUCCAGCCCUCUCCCGUGGUGGUGACCCUGCCCGGACCCAUCCUCAGCUCCUUCCCGCAGAGCACCGCCGUCGGAUCCUCCACCUCCGCUGCCGUUGGCAGCAUCCUCAGCUCUGAGGGUGUGCCCAUCUCCUCUGGAGGCUUUGGCUUCUCCGGCUUCGGCAGCGGCUUCAGUGGCAGGCGAUGCUUCCCCUGCUAA